CUUGGGACAAGGACCAAAGGCUGCUGGUGAUGCUGGACCGUUCACCGUCAUCAUGGCACACAGCAUGGGGAUGACGAAGGGUUGCACCUCAUUACACACACCCAAGCACACCCGCUUCGGUCAGCCAUCGAAAGUCAGCCGCGUUCACAACCGAGAGAGCCACUUAUUCCAACGCCACACCAGAGAGCAACGCGUGAGGCAAGGAUGGAGGUGUCUUCGGCCGUGGUUGGCACCGCUGCUACAGUGGUGGCCUCUGUGCUUGCGGUGAACAUCAUCGGUGCCAUAGCAGCUCACUACCCAAAGCACCCUUCUGGCCGGGUUGGCCCAUCAGGCGUGGUCCCACAAACGGCGAUUGCAUCGCUUGCAAACGUCGCAACCACCAUAUUCGUGCCAUGCCUCACCUUCUACAGCCUGGGCAGUCGGCUCUCCGCCGAGGUGUUCCAAGAAGCGUGGCCCCUCAUCUUCUGGGCUCCAUUCAACAUCCUUGCAUCCGUCGCACUCGGAUACUGUGCGAUCCAAGUGGCCUGCGUUCCCCGACACUUUCGCAAAGAGUUCCUCAUUGGCUGCGGAUUCGCCAACAUUCUGGCAGUGCCACUCAUCAUGCUCGAGGUACUGUGCGACCAAGAACAGCUCGCUGAAGAGGACGAGUGCUUUGAGCGGGGCGCCACCUUCAUCUUUAUGUAUGUGUUUGGUUGGUCGCUCUGCUUCUGGACCGUCGGCGUCGCCAUCAUUCGCGGCCUUGAGGGCGGUGAGGGCCAUGGUGUCGGCAUCAGCUGGCGGCAGGCGCUGAGCGGACUGGUGAACCCGCCCAUGCUCGGGUGUCUCUUCGGCGCAGUCGUGGGGCUGGUGGCGCCACUUCGACGCGUCAUCUUCGACGAUGGCGCACCGCUGCUCUUCAUCUCGUCCGCUGCCAGCGCAUACGGGUCGAGCGUUGUCGGCAUGCUCACCAUCGUCAUGGCUGCCACGCUGGGCAAGUCUCUGUCGUCCCUCAACCCGCUCACGUGGUUCAAGAGCACACCAGCAGCGCCAAAGACAGGCGCAACUCACGCAGCAGCAGCGGCAGCAGCAGUCGGGGAGGAAGAACGCGAUGGAACGCAAGAAGCGCUGGGGGAGAGCGCGGAGUCACUGCAGUGGUUGGAGGCCAUCCUCACGCCGAAUCCAAGCAAGUCAUCAAUGUAUGUGUUGGCCGAGAGCAACGGGUCCGAAGCAGCACAGCAGCAGGCAAAGCAACGAGAGGAUGCAGUUGUGGUGGACAUUGACGAAGCAAUCGCAGCCGUGCGCGCACAGCAACACCGUGAGCAACAACAAGUCGACAAGCAGCAGCAGGUCCAGCAGUCCAAGGGGCUGCCCGCAUCAGCAGCCGGCGGCACGACCGCUGUCGGCGAUGGUGAUGGUGACGAGGAUGAGGAAGCGGCAACGAAGCGGUGGGAUGUGCGCACGCUGGUGGCAUUUGUGGUAGUGUCGAUGUUUGUUGGGCCGGCGAUCAAGUUUGGGAUUGUGCUGCUGCUUGGGGAGAGCGUGUUUACGGGGGCGAAUGCGUCGCUGCUGCAGCUUGUGCUGUCGAUCCAGUGUGUGACGCCGACGGCGAACCUUGUUGUUGUUGUGAACCAGCGGGAGGGGAAUCGGCGGGUGGCUGAGCGGCUGUCGCGCGGGGUUGUCAUGCAGUAUGUCGCAGCCAUCGUCACCUUGCUUGUCGUCACCACUCUCUCCAUCAGCUCCUUCUACGGUGACACAGAGGCAGCGCCAACAGCAAACGCGACCACCACUGCCGCAACACCAUGACGCACGAACGUCGCAGUUGGUUGCUGAUGUUGCACACACACCGGCAGUGGACGCACCAGCUCAUUCUCUCUGGCUCUGUUUGUUUCGUCUCCUUGUCUGUGUACCAGUCGUUUAUUGUCAAUCAUGAUGGCAUUGCCACUGAAACCUGCCCAUAUCACCCUCUAAUUACUGUGUCCUCAACCCACCUACUCCUGUUUUUCCUCUCCCCCCACCCCUGUCAUCGUCAGCGUUACCGCUACGCCUGAAGUGGCGAGACUGGUCGCUUCAACAGCUCUGCUCGCCCUGCGUAAUCUCGCACUUCGCACAGCGCCACAUUUGCUCCCAGCGUCACCAGCACAUGGAUCCAGAUCUGCAUGCGCGGUUGCGUGCGCGUGAGGUUAUCGUGGUGUACGUGAUGUUGGUUGACCGCUGUGAGUGCGUGCAAGUGGAGGCAUGCCCGCGCAAGUGGAGGCGUGUCUCGUGGGCUUGUCGUUUGCGUGCAUGCACGCAUGCACGCGUGGUUUGUGCUUUGUUUGCUAGGAUAGCCAUGUUGGAAAUAAACGCUCGACAGAACCAGUCAAGAAUUGCGCCAAUCUGGUGCAAGUCGACAACAAC